AUGGACGCAAUAGACACCUACACGCAACUCCCGCUCAGCAUCGACCCAGCAACAAAAGCGAUCUCAACAUCAGACUCGUCCCUCACAACCGAAAUCGAAGAACUCAACAAGAUGAACCGCGCCUUCAUCGCCCUCGACGCACCCAACCAGAUCCCUCCACCCCCGGCCCCCGUAAACCCCAAACGCAGCGUCCAAAUCACCAAGCUCAAAGACUCCGGCAACACCUCGUACAAAAAAGGCCAAUACGCCGACGCGCUCAAAAUGUACGACCUUGCGAUCCGCAUGGCCGCCGACAGGCCUACGUGGGAGGCCAGCGGGCUGGUUCGGGAGGAGCUCAGCACAUUGUACGGCAACCGGGCGCAGACGUUGAUGGCGCAGCAGGCGUGGGCUGAGGCUGCGGUCGAUGCGGAGACGGCGGUGGAGAUGAAGAAAGUGGGGAAUGUGAAGGCUUGGUGGAGGAGGGGACAGUGUUUGAAGGAGAUGGGACGGUUGGAGGAGGCGGCGGAGUGGGUUAAGAUUGGGUUGGAGUUUGAGAGGGCGGGGCCGGAUAAGGGGAGUGUUGGGGAGUUGGAGACGUUGGCGAGGGAGCUGGGGAAGGCGUUGGAUAAGUCUUGA